AUGUCUUCAGCUGCCAUAGCACUUCAGAAACACGAAUGGAUCGUGAUACUACCAGAUCAUGAGGGAGUGCUUCAGAAAAGGAUGCAAGUACGCCCGGAUCACCUCAACGCUUUGUACCCUAGCAUAAAGAGUGGCUUCUGGAAGCUUGGAGGAGCCAUUCUUGAAGAAGUGAUCAAGGAGGCAGAGGGCCCGAGGAUCAAAGGUAGCAUAAUGCUUGCUUUUGCCGAGUCGAAGGAGGAUGUAAUUAAGGCAUUACAAGAGGACGUUUAUUUUAAACAAGGUGUAUGGGACUGGAAUAAAGUACAAAUUCAUCCGUUCAAGUCUACUUUUAGACAACCUCUUUAG